AUGGAGCGACGGGGCAGACUGCUGGUCGCUUUAUUUGCUGCUGUCGCAUUUGUCGUCACCGCCGGCUUUCUUUCAAGACCAGCGCGCAAUGACGACCAGCACAUUAAUGUAGAACCGGCAUCGCCAGCGCACUUCAGAGCACCGAAACAGAAUGUUUGGUCCGACCUCACGCGACAUGAAGCGGAUGAGAUCUACGGCUUUCUCUGGAAGGAGUGGGCUCAUCUCAACCUAACGAGGACGCCAAAAAAUGCUACCGACAACUUCAUUGUGACACUCGAGGCCUUACAGCCCAACAAGUCCGAAGCGCUUCCAUACAUGUUUGAGGAAAGAAGCAGUCCGGCCCGAUGGGCGAAGGCUGUUCUUUCACAUCAUUCAGAUGAUGGCCCUCUCCUGUCGUACUACGCUGUGGGACCGCUUCCUGUCUCGCCGGAAACGAGCGUCGAGCCCCUGGUUUAUCCGUUCAACUCGGGCCGUCACUCUGUUCCCAACUUGAUGGCAGAUUUUCUUGGCAGCGCCCGUUUCGCAAUGUCAUUAGCAGAGAAUAUUACCGAUAUCACGACUGAGCUUCUGGGAGCCAAGGCGAACCUGGAGGAUCCAUUUGAUCCCAACGCCCUGCAGGCCUUCCCGCGUUUCACACGUCUCGAACCUGACCUGGUUGUCGGAUGGAUACAGUUCUUCAGACCUGGUAUGGGCAGCUCUGGACGCACACUGCUUCCGCAAGGACUCUACGUUCGAGUUGAUGCGAGCAAGGAUAUUAGUCAGUGGAAGGUUGGAGAAUGGUUCUACAACGGCCAAAUGUUCGCCAACGUGGAUGAACUCCGCAAUGCGAUAAGUCGCCCUGACAGUGGCUUCUUGAGGACCCAGCCGAACUUAGACGGCCACUGGACUGACACUGAAGACUUCGACGCUCAUCCGGACGGGCGCGAACUACCACCUCCAGUGUCAAUCCAGCCACUCGGUCCCCGUUACAAGCUUGAUAAGACAGAGAAAUUCGUUUCUUGGUUCGGCUUUGAGUUUUAUCUUACCAGCACCCAAGCUACGGGAGUCAGUCUAUUCGAUAUCCGCUUCAAAGGGGAACGGGUCAUGUACGAGCUGAGCUUGCAGGAAGCCCUGGCGCACUAUGCAGGGGAUGACCCAAUGGCGGGCGGCCAAGAGUUCCUCGACGCGUUCUUCGGCAUGGGCACCAAUGCCUUUGAGCUGGUUCCUGGUUAUGAUUGCCCGGCAUAUGCCGACUACUUGGACACGGAGUUGCACCGCAGCGGUAAGACAGAAAAGCUGCCCAACAACAUCUGUGUCUUUGAAUUUACCUCGGACUACCUCUUGUCCCGUCACACAGCUCAAAACUCGGUCACUGCAUCACGAAACACGUUUUUUACGCUUCGUUCUGUCUCCACUGUUGGUAAUUAUGACUACACGAUCGACUACGUCUUCUACCUCGAUGGAGCAAUCGAAGUCAAAGUGAGAGCGUCAGGGUAUAUCUACGGCGCCUUCUACGCCAAUAACCCGUAUAAAAAUGAGGACGAGUACGGCCACCGCGUUCACGACGCCCUGUCAUCAUCUCUGCACGACCACGUCAUAGGCUUCAAGGCAGACCUAGACAUCGCUGGCACAGCAAACGACAUGGUCCGCCUGGCCGUCGAGCCCACCACGAUCAGCUACCCCUGGGACCAGCCGUACGUCAAGGAGCGCAACACCAUGCACCUGAAGGAGUACCCAGUGACGCACGAGGCCGGCAUGGACUGGCCCAAGAACUCGGGCGAGUUCUUCCUCGUCUACUCGGCCGACGCAAAGAACGCCUGGGGAGAGCGCAAGGGCUACCGCGUCGUGUCUGGCACGGGCAUGGCCAACACGCCGCACCUCACCGUGCUCAACUCGACUUCUCUCGGCGACAGUGCGCGGUGGGCCGAGCGGGACAUCUGGGUCGUGCGGCAGAAGGACGAGGAGCCUCGUUCCGCAGAUCCGCUUAGCUAUCUCGACACGCUGAACCCGUUGAUCGACUUCAACAAGAUUGCAGAUGCGGAGAGCCUGGAGCGGGAUGAUGAGUAUGACGGGGAUCUUGUUGUGUACUUCAACGUUGGGAGUCACCACGUCCCGCACUCUGGGGAUAUCCCAAACACGCUCAUGCACACUAGCGCUUCGAGCGUCAUGUUCGUGCCGCAUAACUUUGCGGACCGGGACCCCAGUCGCGAGAGCGUCCAGGGUGUGAGGCUGCAGCUGAAGGGGACAAAGAGUGGUGGCUUCGCUGGGUUCCCGGAUCCUGAUGAGGAUGAAGACCAUCAUUCGGGUAGCGAGGACCUGAGAAGCCGGGAGAAGAGGAGUGAAAAGAAGAAGAAGGGCGGAUAUAAGCUACACGAGGGCGCCAAUUACUUUGGCACUCCGUACACGGAAGGAGUGCAUAUAUCUCUGGGAGAGAUGGAGCCGGACCUGGAGAAGAGAUAUCAGAGCGAGGAGAUCAGAGUUAGCGAUCUCGGGUUGAACGGCAGCGCCGCAGGGCUUUGGAUUCCCUGA